CUGCCUGGACUCCACUUCUUCUCCUCCUCCUCCUCCCCCCCUUCUCUCUCCUCCUCCACGUCUCCUCAGUGGGUGUUCAGCAGCGAUGUCGGGGACUCUGUAGGAGCCUCUGGGGGACCGUCGCAGCGCAGGACCGGCUGUAACCAGGUGGAGAGUCGCUGUGAGAACUGGAUGUGAAGGGUAAGCGCUGAGGUCAUGAUCGACUCGUCCAAUGUGACGGCGUCCAGCCCCCAGGAGCUGGGUGUGAAACCCGAGGAGCUGCAGAAGUCCAAAUGUGUCCUGGGCUUCAUCCCAGUCAUCUACUACAGUGUGCUGCUCUGUGUGGGAGUACCAGUGAACAUCCUCACAGCCGUGGCGUUAUCCAGACUGGCAUGCCGCACAAAGAAAGCUCUGUAUUACUACCUGUUAGCGGUGACGGGCUCAGAUAUUCUCUCCCAGCUCUUCAUCAUCUUUGUUGGCUUCCUGCUGGAGACGGCAGUUUUUCACCGUGAUGUCCCCGCGCUCCUGCUGCACUCCGUCAGCGCUGCCGAGUUCGCUGCCAACCACGCCUCCAUCUGGUCCACCGUGCCCCUCACUGUGGACCGCUAUGUGGCGCUGUGCCACCCCCUCCUCCAUCGCCAGAUCAGCUAUCCGGCCCGGGCCAGGAAGAUCAUCGCGGUGGUCCUGGUGAUGUCUUUCGUAUCGGGCGUGCCCUUCUUCUGGUGGUCGGACAUGUGGAGGAACAGCCACCCGCCCACAGCCCUGGACACCGUCCUCAUAUGGACUCAUGUCAUUAUCAUCUACUUCCUGCCCUGCAGCAUCUUCUUAGUGUUGAACUCUCUGAUAAUUCACACGCUGAGGGUGAGGCAGAGGCAGCACAGUUGCCAGGAGGAGAACGGGCCGAAGUCUGCGCCUCCUCGGCGACUUGGGAAAACCACAGCCAUGCUGCUCGCCAUCACCUCUGUGUUCUCUGUGCUGUGGGCCCCCAGGACUGUGGUGGUCAUCUACCACCUGUACGUAUCCUCAGUUCACCGAGACUGGCGCGUCCACCUGGCCUACGACCUGUCCAACAUGCUGGCCAUGCUCAACACGGCCGUCAACUUCUUUCUCUACUGCUUCGUCAGUAAGCCUUUCCGCGGCGCCGUGCGGGAUGUCGUGCUGCUCAGAGGGGGCCCGCUGUAUCCUCGCCGCUCUCUGCCUCACCCGCAGGCCCCCACCAACACCUCCAUCUCCUCUCUGUACAGUGGGAACAACAAGCGCUCGCAGCGAGAAUCCACUCCUUUGUCACCUCGCAGGGCCAGAAAGCCCUCGUGACCCCGUGACCUCCCCUCCUCAUCCAAAACACCCAUCAUCCCACGGUCCCUGAGCACUUCUGACCCCUGAGACGCACACUGCAUUCCAGCUACGGUCGUGGACAGCUGCCAGUCAGCCCUGGAGCUUUCUCAAAGGGUCUCAAAUGAACUCGGUGUUUUUUUGUAUUAUAAUCUGUCAGCGGGUGUUGUUUGUCCGUGUAAAUCUGAUAAGAUGACAGCCUAUUUAUUUUUCUUCAGAAGAAUUCAACAAAUUAAAAGUAGAUUUUUUUGGUAUUUUUUCUUUUCCAAAAAUGGAAGUAAUGUGACAAAAAAAAAAUUAUAUUGUUACAAGAAAGAAUAUUGUUUGUUUUCUCUGAUUAAUUUGGUCGUUAAAUCCAUGAUUAGGGAACAAGAAACGACAGGAAGGAAAAUAAUUUGCUGCACACUGCCACAGUGAGUAAAAUCCAUUUAUCUAAUCUCCCACUUGUAUCAUGCCAAGUGGCGUUCAGUUUGCAUCAGUCAACUUUAAUUGCCCUGCUCUGAUAUCCACUCUGCAAGCAGCAAAAUGUAGAAAUAAGAGUGCUAAUUUGAACUGGCUGCUAUUCCUGCUGCUGUGCAAAGAUGCUGAAUGCCCUGAGAGACACUCCGCCCUGCUGAGCAUCGCCAAUCGAGCAAAGAAAUCGCACUCCGGCUCCACAUCGCGCUCCCAGGCACAAAGACACCGGCUACUGAGGCAUCUGUUUAUUUUUCAUUACAUGUAACUGGAUGGAGCCUUAAAUGAAAGCUGGCUGUCGAAACGGCAGCGGGAGUGAAGAUCCUGCUCUUCAAACAGACAUCACCAACAUGGCCUCGGCUCUGGCUAAACAAACCGCAGAUUAGCCUGAUGGUCUCCACACACACACACACACACACACAUACAGAUGUCAGCUAGUACAUUUCCAUUUCCAACAGGAAUUUUUAUCGAUUGACUGAUUGAUUGUAUUAGAUCUUUUCAAACAAGACAACAAAACAGAAAUGUCAUAAUAAACCCUGAGGCUAAUGUCCAUGUUUCCCACUGGGAAUGGGAACAGGGAUUUUCGUGUGACAUCAUCACAAUUUAUGACAUGUUACACUUGUUGUUUCAGCAUUGAAAAAUAAGAGAUCUGCACUUAAACUUCUGACUUCUGUUGAUUUGAAUAUGAGCCAUCUGUUGUUGAUAUGAAUAUAUUUUUAACUGAUGCCCUCGGGAUCAGUGAGCUGUCACUGAUCCCUCAAGCGGCACUUAUUUGUUCUGGAAACACUCGUCACCUGGUUUCUAACAGUGUCUGUGCCGAAGCAUGAGGUGAUAGACAUGGCCAGAGGCAUUAUGUUUCAGGGACUUUAAGUUUGGCAAAAACGUCCACUUAGACUGAAGAAUAUAUUGAUAAGAUUUUGGUGGUCAUACGUCAUAGGUCAAGGUCACUUUGACAUUGUCUCACUCUUGUGAAAACAAUAUGUCAAGAACACUGUGAGGGAGUUUCCUUAAAGCCGCUACAAGGAACUUU